AUGCUGCGAAAUCUUGCCAGACUUGUCCCUCUGGCAGUUCUCCUGCCACUGGCUAGAGCGGAAGGGACGGUGCAGGAUCUCUGGAACUCCCCACAGUAUCCCGAUUACACCACCAACUACACAGCCGGUACGACAAUCGAGAUCAGCUGGCAACAUGCCCUUGCUACACAGUUUCAGUUCUUUUGCGAAUCCUGCGAUAUCACGAAUGUGGACUUGUGGGUGACGGGGAGCAGUUAUACUCGUAAGCUUGAGGCUGGGGUGAAUGUCAACGAGUCAACAAGUUACGAAUGGACGAUUAAUCUGGACGACGCGGAUGUCGAGGCCUCAACGGAGUGGACAUUCCGCUUCCUUCCUGCCGACGUCUCAUGGGGCGAUAAUCAGGAGGAAAUCUCCUCUGCCAAAUUCAAUCUCCUGCCCAAAUCCGACAGCAGCUCAUCCUCAACUACCACCUCUACCUCAACGUCGACUACUUCCACUUCUACCGCAGCAUCGACCUCCACCUCUACCUCAACGACAACAACCACGUCCCCCACGGCCGACCCAACGUCCACAACCCCCGAAAAUGCCACCGAUAGCGACGGCACCACGUCAGAGUCAAACUCAAAUAAUGAUGGUCUUUCCACAGGUGCCAAAGCCGGCAUCGGUGUCGGCGUCAGCGCGGGCUUUAUCAUCCUCGCCGCUCUGGCCUUCCUCCUCUGGCGGCGCAUCAGAGCCUUACCGAAUACCAAAGCAACUGGGCCUGAGGGCGCCAAUGGGGGAUACAGCCAGGCUCAUCAAGGGUACUUUGCUGACCCAGCGAUGGCCAAGAGUAUGCAUGCAGCCCCGCCUGCUACGGUUGUCCCAAUGUCUGAGUUGGCGGGAGACCAUGCGGGAGAGAUGGAUGCUGGUGUUGACUCUCAACGGCCGCCUGUUGAGUUGGAUGCGAGUGGACUUUAUUCGCAUCAUGGACGGUAG